AUGGGUCCUGGACCGGGGGGCCCGAGGCCACCGCCGCGUGGGGGCCCACCAUCAGGCAGGAGCGGUGGUCGCCAGGGGGGGCGCAUCCCCGGAGGGCGCGGCUUUCCUACACAAAAUGGCAGCCCACCUUCAGGCCCCGGCAGAGGAUUUGGCGGCAGAGGCAGCUCGUCCCAGGGUCGCAAUGGGGGCAGGGAGGGCAUGCCUGGUCGUGGAAUGCAACAACUGCAGCAGCAACCCAGGCAGCCUAAGGCGAAGAAGCAGAAGGAGGUGCCAGACACCCCUGUCAGGCCGUGGCGGCCGCUGAACGAGCAGGAGGAGCGGCGCAGAAACUUUCCAUCGGACGAAAAUGUGGCGGCGCGGCGCGCGGAAGCGGCCGAGCGGCAGGCACGCGGGGAGCUCGACCCGGUGCGUGAGGCCUCGCGGAUGCGCCUGCGCGAGGUGAUUGCCCGCCAGCGCGACCUGGGGCUGCUACGCGAGGCCGGCACCGCCGACCUGCUCGCCGAGGCCGGCCUCGAUCCCGGCGGAGCGGCCGGCGGCGGCUUCCGGGGCGGCCGCGGCCGCCGCGGCCGCUUCGGUCGGGAGCCUGGUCCGGGGAGAGGGGGGCGCGGCAGAGGCCGGAGCAGCUUCGAUGGGGGCAGGAAGAGGUGGGCAGAGGAUGGACAGCCGCCACCUGCGAGCGGAGCGCUGCCCUCACAGAAGCGGGCAAAGGUCGAGGGCGCGGAAGAUCCACCUCAUACAGAGGGCCUGGAGGGGUUGAUGGCGUAUGGGAGCGACAGCGAGGGUGAAGCCGCAGAGGCGAAGCAGGGGGGUGCACCGGCACCGGCAGAGCGCCCAGCGCCAAAGGCACGCGCCAACGGCCACUUUGAGCAGGGCAGGGGGCGCGGCAGGGGGAGGCACAGCCAGAGAGGCAGACAUCCACCAGGGGGCAGGAUGCAGUCUCCCGUGCAGCAGCGGCAGCCGACGCUGCUGCAGAAGCUGCUCGCGCCAGACAUCCGUGCGGAGCACAGCCGGCUGCUGCAGUGCCUGCGCUUCCUGGUCACCAAUAACUUCCUGCUCGACUUCGGCCGCGCACCUCUCAUCUUCCCUCCCGAGCCCGCCAUCCCAAGCACCGUCCUCCCAGAGCUUCCUGCAGAGCUGCUGCACACAGAGUCCGAUGAUGACACUGAGGCGCUUGGGCUUGGUGACAAACCUGCUACAGCUGAUGUGGCGGCACCAAAUGCGGGUGGCAGUGAGGCAGAGAGCACACCAGAAGAGGAGGAAGACAGCGAAGAGGAAGAAGAAGAAGAAGAAGAGGAAGAUGAAGAUGAGGGGGGAGAUGAAGGGCAAGCAAAUGCUGAGCACGAAGCAACAGACAUGGAUGCGAAUGCAGAGGGGGCCACUGAGGCAAUGGAGCAGCCAACUGUGCAUGUUGCUGAGCCGAGUGUUAGCGCCGUGGCCGACUUUGAGUGGCAUGGCCAUAUAUAUGUAAUAAUAAUAAUAAUAAUAAUAAUAAUAAUAAUAAUAAUAAUAAUAAUAAUAAUAAUAAUAAUAAUAAUAUAUGGCCAUAUCAGCUUCUCAGUCGGCUUCCUGGCAGAGCAGCCAAAGCACGUCUCCACGUCUGCGUCCCAGACCGAGGAGUAG